AUGGCGAGCCUCCUACGAGUUGUGGCGGCCAGCUGCUCAGCGCCUGUGUUCAGCGGGGUUUCUGUAGUGAAGCUGCAGAGUGGCCGUACCAUCAAAUCAACAUGCCUGCGGUUUUUUAGGACCCAUCAAGCUCUCGGCCGAUGCGCUAGUCCAGGUAUUCCAUACAAACAACUCACAGUCGGUGUUCCCAAAGAAAUUUUCCAGAAUGAACGUCGAGUUGCGCUAUCGCCCGCCGGUGUCCAGGCACUCAUUAAACAGGGCUUCAAUGUCGUCGUGGAGUCUGGAGCUGGCGAGUCUUCCAAGUUCGGUGACGAACAGUACACCCAGGCUGGAGCAACAAUUAAAGACCUCAAAGAUGUCUUGGCAUCUGAUGUGGUGGUUAAGGUCCGUGCUCCCAUUUUUAACCCUGCUUUGGGUGUGCAUGAGGUGGAGAUGAUGAAGGAUGCAUCUACUUUGAUCAGCUUCAUCUAUCCAGCUCAGAACCCUGAGCUGAUGGACAUACUGUCCAAGAAAAAAGCCACUGUCCUGGCUAUGGACCAGGUGCCCAGAGUCACCAUCGCCCAGGGUUAUGAUGCACUGAGCUCCAUGGCAAACAUCGCAGGGUACAAGUCAGUGGUGCUGGCAGCUAACAGCUUUGGACGGUUUUUCACUGGGCAAAUCACAGCAGCUGGGAAAGUGCCUCCUGCAAAGGUGCUGAUCAUUGGAGGUGGUGUGGCUGGGUUGGCAGCAGCUGGUACUGCCAGGGCCAUGGGAGCCAUUGUCAGAGGUUUUGAUACAAGAGCUGCAGCUUUGGAGCAGUUUAAAUCUCUGGGCGCAGAACCGCUGGAGGUGGACAUUAAGGAGUCAGGAGAAGGCCAGGGAGGCUACGCCAAGGAAAUGUCAAAGGAGUUUAUAGAGGCCGAGAUGAAGCUGUUUGCUAAGCAGUGUCAGGAUGUGGACAUUGUCAUCAGCACUGCUCUGAUCCCUGGUAGGCGGGCACCCAUCCUAAUCACCAAACCAAUGGUAGAAAGCAUGAAGGAUGGGUCAGUGGUGGUGGACCUGGCUGCUGAAGCUGGUGGAAACAUUGAGACCACAGUACCCGGAGAGCUGACUGUGUACAAGGGAGUGACCCACAUCGGCUACACAGACCUGCCCAGCCGUUUACCAACACAGUCCAGCACUUUGUAUUCCAACAACAUCACCAAGUUGAUCCGGGCCAUCAGCCCCGAUAAGGAGAAAUUUUACUUUGAUGUCAAGGAACAGUUUGACUACGGGACCAUGGAUCACGUUGUCAGAGGAUCUAUUGUCAUGCAGAAUGGAAAAAACCUUUUCCCCGCUCCUCAGCCUAUCAACAUGCCCACUGCAGCGCCUGCUAAAACCAAGACUGUCCAGGAACUGGAGGCGGAGAAGGCUGCACAAAUCUCCCCCUUCAGGGCCACACUCACCAGCGCUGGCGUGUACACUGGAGGCAUGGCCACCCUGCUGGGUCUGGGACUGUCAGCUCCUAACGCUGCCUUCACUCAGAUGGUCACCACCUUUGGUCUGGCUGGCAUCGUGGGAUACCACACAGUGUGGGGAGUCACUCCUGCUCUGCAUUCUCCUCUCAUGUCUGUCACCAAUGCCAUCUCAGGUCUGACAGCUGUGGGUGGUCUGUCCCUGAUGGGAGGGGGCUACGUCCCAACUUCGGCUGCUGAGACACUGGCUGUGCUCGCUGCCUUCAUCUCUUCGGUCAACAUCGCUGGUGGUUUUCUGGUGACGCAGAGGAUGUUGGACAUGUUCAAACGUCCCACUGAUCCCCCAGAGUACAACUACCUCUAUUUGCUUCCUGGUGGCGUCUUCAUUGGAGGCUACGCUGCUGCUCUGCAGUCUGGAUAUAACAUUGAACAGAUGAUGUACUUGGGCUCAGGCUUAUGCUGCGUCGGUGCCCUGGCUGGUCUUUCUAACCAGACCACAGCCCGUCUGGGUAACACUUUAGGUAUGAUGGGAGUCGCAGGUGGGCUUGCAGCCACUCUGGGUUUCCUCAAACCAAGUCCUGAGCUCCUGGCACAGAUGAGUGCAGCCAUGGCUGUGGGUGGCACUGCUGGCCUGGCCAUUGCUAAGAAGAUCCAGAUCAGUGACCUGCCCCAGCUGGUGGCUGCUUUCCACAGUUUGGUUGGGUUGGCUGCUGUGCUCACCUGUGUGGCUGAAUACAUGAUUGAGUACCCACACUUCGCCACAGACCCUGCAGCCAACCUCACCAAGAUAGUUGCUUAUCUUGGAACCUACAUCGGUGGAGUCACUUUUAGCGGCUCUUUGGUGGCAUACGGCAAACUGCAAGGUAUUUUGAACAGCGCUCCUCUGAUGCUCCCUGCUCGUCACGCCCUGAAUGCCGGUCUCAUGGCAGCUAGUGUUGGUGGAAUGAUUCCCUACAUGCUCGAUCCAAGUUACACUACAGGAAUCACCUGUCUCGGAUCAGUCUCUGCUCUCUCUGCUGUCAUGGGUGUAACACUGACAGCAGCUAUUGGAGGCGCCGACAUGCCGGUGGUAAUCACUGUACUCAACAGUUACUCAGGCUGGGCCCUGUGUGCCGAGGGCUUCCUUCUCAACAACAACCUGCUGACCAUCGUCGGCGCUCUCAUCGGGUCAUCUGGAGCCAUUUUGUCAUAUAUUAUGUGUGUGGCCAUGAAUCGUUCACUGACUAAUGUGAUCUUGGGAGGCUACGGCACAUCUUCCACCGGUACAGGAAAGCCCAUGGAGAUCACAGGGACACACACAGAAGUCAAUGUGGAUCAGACUGUCGAGAUGAUUAAAGAGGCCCAGAACAUAAUCAUCACUCCAGGUUAUGGACUUUGUGCUGCAAAGGCCCAGUACCCCAUUGCAGAUUUGGUGAAGAUGCUUCAAGAGGCUGGCAAGAAAGUGAGGUUUGGUAUUCACCCGGUUGCUGGUCGUAUGCCUGGUCAGCUGAAUGUGCUGCUGGCUGAAGCUGGUGUCCCAUAUGACAUUGUCCUGGAAAUGGAUGAGAUCAAUGAGGAUUUCCCUGAAACCGACCUGGUCCUGGUGAUCGGCGCCAAUGACACAGUUAACUCAGCGGCCCAAGAAGACCCCAACUCCAUCAUUGCUGGUAUGCCCGUGCUGGAAGUCUGGAAGGCAAAGCAGGUGAUUGUGAUGAAACGUUCCCUGGGUGUGGGAUACGCAGCUGUUGACAACCCCAUCUUCUACAAACCCAACACUGCGAUGUUGUUAGGCGACGCUAAGAAGACUUGCGAUGCCCUACAAGGCAAGGUCCGCGAGUCCCAGUAACGUACCCCUGCCUCAACCAGACACGCCACUGAGAGCACACAUGGAGAGAGAAAGGAAGAAAACAACGAGGCGAAGUUUUUCCAAAAGUAUUCCAGCAUUCAGUUCAUCUUUGUCCAGUUGCAACAAAGCCAAAUGAACAAAGAUGAUUAAUAAGUUAAAAGCUUUUUGGCAAACCCUUUCUGUGAUCUAUAAAUAAAAGCAAAUUGGCUUUUGCAGUCAUAGCUGGAUAAUGCAGAUAUAGUAGAUUUAUCAUUUCCUAAUGAGGUAAAGCCCAAUUUUUUCAUUUCUAGAUUUAAAAGCAAGGGUUUGUCAUUCUUCUGCAUGUCUUCUGUUUAAUAAGGGGAACAGCUGACAGAGUCAUCUUCAUUAUAGAGACGUAUAUUAAUGUAAAGCAACCACAAAUGUAGAUAAGGUGUUAGAGAUGAUACAGUUCAAUGUUAAGGUGUUUUAGGAAAUAGCCAAUAGCUAAAAGAAAAUAUUAGACUUGAAUUGGAAUAAAAAAAAAUAUAUAUAUAUGAUGGUGAAUCACCAGAGGAGAUAUGAGAGACUUGAGCACGAACGUUUUACCACCCUGUAAAGUUUCCAUCCUCUUUUUUUUUUCCACUUUGGUUUUGUUCUAGUCAUGUGUUCCCUUUGAUAGGUCUACUCUCGUCUAUCUUUUUUCUCCCCCUCCACAAGUAAAAAGAAAAAAGGCAGAACAGUGCAACAUUUUAUUUGUAAAGUUCUUUCCGUUCCAGUUUUAUACUGUAUUGGGAGAGUUUUGUAUUUGGUCUGAUAAUUAUUUUAGUCUCAGUGCGGUGCUAUUUGCUUUUUCUCUUUUCACUUGAGCGUAUCUUGUGAUCUUCCACCGAUGCCUCAUGUUCGCCGAUCACACUUUGGUCCAAAUAACAGUUUAAAAAAACAUCCAUUCAGACCUCUUCUAUCAGACGAGCGAUGCAAUAAACCAAAAGGAUGUGACCUUUAUGUGAGACCACAGCUGUGCUGAACGGGGAGCCUGUCUCACUCUUACAAACACACACUCAUGUAAGGUCUGAUAGCUGAAUGGAUUUUAUGAUGUGUUUGAACCAGAUGUGUUCCUUCUUUCUGUGUAGCUCCAAUAUUACAGUACGCAGGAUGCUAGUGUGUUGGCCUUAAUGGUAAAGAAGGUUGUUUUUAAGUGAAUGUGGCUCAUCCACUCCAGUGUGUGUCCUCAUUAUUGCUCUACAGUGAAAUGAAGGAUUGCUGUUGCUAAAGUAGGGCCAGAUGUCAAAUGGCCUGUGGUGUCGAGUCUGAACAACAGUGCAGUUAUUUAAUUGAAACUGCCGCCACAAUCCAGCAGAUAUGACUUGUCUGUUGUCAUGAAGUACUUCUAAAAUGAUACCGUAUUUCCUCCAUUCUUUUAUUAAAGUCCAACAUUUGCCAUUUAAUAAAACCUUGUGCCAAACGGCCCCUUGAAUUUGGAAGUAUUUGGCUUUUGAAAAACCACUUGAGUAGAUCACAAACAAAAAGCUGGCAACUCCCACUUUCUACCUGUUCCUACACAACUGAGUCAACCAGACCCUCAUAUUUAAAUUUGGUCCAUUUGAUUUAAUGCUGCCGUUGCACUGCUGCAGUUCUGACACAGCAGAUGAAUUGGCAAGAGCGUAUGAUGAUGCUUAGUUUGAACAAUAAUCAUGAGGUAACAUGAGCAGUUUUCAUCACUUUGUAGUCUAUAAGUACUGUAUGAAUUAGUUGUUCUAGUUUUGUCCUGGGACCUGAUAUGUUGACAACUGUCCUACCUCUCCAUGAAAUGGCCAAUAUCUUUCCACAGGACCUUGAUCUGACCAGCCACCUUUUAGGUAAUCUAGCACAUGAGAACAGUCAUUUUCCACCCAAAAGCAGGACCAAUAGUCUUCUGUUUUGUGUUCACGUUGCAUUUUUAACCACCUGACCUCAGUCUGCUGCCAGCAAGUUUACUUUGUUUUGCAAGUUUAGAGCCACGUAUGUUGCUCAUGAUCAUGUUCUCACAUCUUACACAAGCAAAAGCUUUCUUUGUUUAACAUCGACCAAAUUCAAAGUGAUGGAAAAUCUUGAUAAUUCUGCUAGUAUGCCCCCUUAUACCUGUUGUUUCUUCUUCUUUUUCUUCUUCUUUUGUAAAGAGGCAGAGCAACAAUGAGGUUUUAUAGUUGUACAAUGUUUCAGUGCACCAUGUUAGGGAGAUGAACUAAUGAAAUGUACUGUGAACUUGUUUUUUCCCCUUCUUUUGUUUGUCAUGGAACAUUUUCAUCCCCUUAAUAAAUCUGUAUUUACACAAAA